AUGGAAGUUUUCUCAAAAUCCAUUUACGCAUUGGAGAAAGUGCGCUCAGCCAUUCGUGAUCAUGAAGGAGACGUUGAUGUUACGGCUACGAUUCCGAAGACUCGCGCUAAGGUUGUCGUCGUUGGCUCAUCAGGUGUUGGUAAAACGUCGGUAAUCUAUCGUCAUAGGUUUGGUAAUCGCUCUGCACCAUUCACCUCAACUAUCGGAGCAUCCUUUGUGGAGUGCGAAGUGGAAACCAGCUGCGAAAACAUGAGCCUUCAAAUAUGGGACACUGCUGGGCAGGAACGUUUUCGUUGCAUGGUCCCAAUGUACAUGCGAAACUCUGCCGCUGCCAUAAUAAUGUAUGAUGUGACUAACAGGCAGUCAUUUGAAGAUGUGGAUAAGUGGGCUGGAGAGCUUCGUAAGUGCUGUGGUACUUCCGACCCUUUGGUGGUGCUUAUUGGGAACAAGUGUGAUCUCCAAGAUAAACGACGUGUUUUGACGAUAGAAGGCCAAGAGAAGGCUUUUGCUCUCGACGCUCGAUUUUAUGAGAUCUCAGCUGAAAAGCCAAUAACGUUUGCCUUGGUGUUAGAAGACCUCUGCAAUGAUCUUUUGUCCAGUGGUACUGCUGACGAGAUCUCUUCCAUGAGCUCUGUAACUCGUGAGGACGUCGUACGCCUUCCGUCGACUGCUUCUUCAGUAUCGUCGAAGGAUUCUAGUUUUCGAACCAGGUGUUGCGCAUUCAUGUAA